AUGUCUCCUCCAGUCAAGAACGUCGCACUGAUUGGUGCCAGUGGUAACCUAGGAGUUGUCAUCCAGGACCAUUUCCUCGCCCAAAAGGACUCACCUCUCCACCUCUCUGUUUUGACGAGGGAUAACUCUGGUGCUAAGUUCUCAAAGGGCUUGAAUGUCAUCUCGACGGACUACAGCCCCGAGUCUCUCAAACGAGGCUUGAGAGGACAGGAUGUAGUCAUCAUGCUCCUCCCCCCAGAGUCCACUGUUGACCAUGAGACUGUCAUCGACGCAGCGGUAAAGGCAGGCGUUAAGCGCUUCUUCCCCUCUGAGUACGGCGUUAGAACCUACCACCCAGCUUUUGCCGACGGCGUUUUGCUCGCGACUAAGAAGCGGUCUAUCGUGAAGCAUCUGGAGAAGACCCAGGAUAUCAUGAGCUGGACCGGUAUCAUGUGCAAUCCUUGGGUCGACUUUUGUGUAAUCGAUGGACUUUUGGGCUUUCACAUGAAGGAGCGCAAAGCGCGCAUCUACAACGGUGGCGAUGUCCCAUUCUCCACGGGUCUCCGUGACUUGGCUGCCCAGUCUCUCUACGCGCUCAUCACCAAUCCGGAGCGUCUCGAAGAAGCAAAGAAUCAGUACAUCCACGUCGCCUCCUACACAGUGACGCAAAACGAGAUCCUUGAUGUGGUGACAAAGCUGACCGGCCAGGAAUGGCAGGUCGAGAAUGUCACCUCUGAAAGAGUUAUGCCAGAAGCCCUAGAGGACAUCAAGAAAGGCUUGAACUGGGGUCUGGGCCACCAAGUCCAAGCUAUUCUUUUUAGCUACGACUCGGAUGGCCAUGGUAUCGGUGAUUUCCGCCCGUUGGGGAUCUGGAAUGAGAAAUUAGGCCUGCCGAAAAGUACCUUAGAGCAAGACUUGAAGGGCCCUCUUACGGGCGACUGGAAGGGGAUCGUUCACUGGCAACCGGACGAGCUUCCUAACUAUAAGCUCAAAAAGGAUCGUGAUCGCUCGACACGCCAGUAG